AUGGGGUCCUGGACGACCAUCUGCCGAAUAUUCUUCGCUGUCCUAAAUAUGAUACUCGACGUCGCCUUCUUCUGGAAAGAAGUACGUUGUCCCCUGCAGUCCCGCCCUGCCGUGGAUGUGAAUGAAUGCUACAAGCUAGUAGCUAACGCAGAUCUCCAUCUUAAGCGAUUACUGUCCUGGUGGAGAUCCAAGUCUCCCCGGAAGCGACUGCAACAUGUCCUGAGGACAGCAUCCACCUUUGAGGAAUGGGAAGAGGCUGCUUUCGAGCUUGAUGAGCUCCUCAGCAUGGAUCUCUGGCGUCAGAAUCCUACAAGCCGGCAUUAUGACUACCGACUGAUACUGGGUCGGCUGGAGGCUCUUAUGAGCGCUCGCGAGGAUGAGGAUAUCCUGACCCUUGCGAACCUGCUUCGCUCCGGGUUACUCCGUAAUCUGGGCAACAUCACCUCACCUAAGAUGUUUCUGCAUGCCUACGCCGGCACCAAGCUUCUCAUAGAUGACUAUAUCACACAAGUCGCGCUUUCGAUUCAACAGGUCACCGCUCUACAGACGGCUCCGAUCCACGACAGCGGAUUCUCGUCGCAGGCAAAGCUUGAGCUUCUGCACGAUACUCGGCAGGCAUUUGGGAGAACGACCCUGCUAUUACAGGGCGGUUCCAUGUUCGGGCUCUGUCACCUCGGUGUGGUGAAGGCUCUCCAUUUGCGUGGCCUCCUGCCAAGGAUCAUCACCGGGACAGGGAUGGGGGCGCUCAUUGCAGCAUUGGUGGGUAUCCAUAGCGAAGAUGAGCUGCUCACCUUCCUGGACAGCGGUGCCAUCGAUCUGAGCGCCUUCGAUCGUAGGCGGCGGGUGAAGCGGCCAGAAGAAGAGAGUUGGUGGUUGCCCACUAAUCUCGGAGACAGUUGGCUGGGGACACUCUUGCGGCGAGUUAAUCGAUUCAUCCAGAAAGGCUACUUCCUUGAUGCGGAGGUGCUGGAAGAAUGCGUGCGCGCCAAUCUCGGUGAUCUCACUUUCGAAGAAGCAUAUGCCCGGUCCAAGCGCAUACUCAAUAUCACGGUUGCCACAUCAAAUAAAAACGCUACCCCGAAUUUGCUGAACUACUUGACUGCACCGAAUGUGUUGAUCUGGUCCGCCGCUGUAGCCUCCAACGCAUCCAACAACUCACUCUACCAGCCAGUCACAAUAUACUGCAAAGACGAAACAGGCUCGAUCGUACCUUGGCCGCAUUCUCGGGAUGCAACCUUCUAUCAAUCCUGGCGUCAAGGUCAAUACAAAGAGGAAGAAUCACCGCUAGCCCGGAUUGCCGAGCUAUUCAACGUCAACCAUUUCAUCGUGUCGCAGGCCCGACCAUACCUAAUCCCCUUCCUACGCUCAGACUCGAACCUACUGGACCGUCGCCCAACCGACCAAUGGAGCAUCACCCAAGCUCUAAUGCGUCUCUUCACGGCCGAGCUCCACCACCGCCUCGGACAACUAGACUACAUGGGCCUCCUUCCAGCCACUCUUGCACGGCUCCUCAUCGAGGAGACCAUCCCUGGCCCCCAUAUCACCCUCGUCCCCGACGUCUCCCUCCUGGACCUCCCCAAGCUCUUCCAGAACCCAAGCAAAGACCGUCUAGCUUACUGGUCUCUCAAAGGAGAGCGAGGCGUCUGGCCCGCCGUCAGCGCAUUAAAAGUCCGUUGCGUCAUCGAAAUCGAGAUCGACAAGGGCUACCAGGUCGUGCGUCGACGACAACCAUCCGAAAACGCCCCAUCAACGCCGCGUCGCAUGCCCAAUGAAGGACUCCCGCGUCGCCGUAGAGGCUAUAGCAUUGAUUAUGGUAGAGAUAUGCUGAAUUUCUCUGGAAGUCUGGACUGCCAGGAUGAUUCAAACUAUUAG